CAGCGCCCUCUGCAAUAAUCAGAUUCUAAUGGCGGCUGUACCAGAAAAAUGAUAGACGAAGGGCCAGGAUCGCUUUCUGGGGGACAGGGGAAUCCGAUGAUGUCUGGAGGGCCUGGAAUGACGUCUAGACAACAACAAGAUGAAACAAACCAAAGAACACAAUACUCUAUGCCGGGUAUUUUGCACUUCCUGCAAACGGAAUGGGCCCGUUUUGAGAUGGAACGAAGUCAGUGGGAAGUUGAAAGAGCGGAACUCCAGGCAAGGAUUGCAUUUUUGCAAGGUGAGAGGAAAGGGCAGGAAAAUCUGAAGCAGGAUUUGGUUAGGAGAAUAAAAAUGUUGGAAUUUGCCCUGAAGCAGGAAAGAGCAAAAUAUCACAAGCUGAAGUAUGGUUCGGAACUGAAUCAGGAUGAACUGAAGCCCCCAAAUUUUGACAAAGAAUCUGCUGAUGAAGUCAUCGAAACCAAUCCAGUUGCGGCACCAGCAAGCAGUGCUACUUGGAGACAAGGGAGACAACUCCUUAGACAAUAUUUACAAGAGAUAGGCUACACAGACACAAUAAUAGAUGUACGUUCAGCGCGAGUACGCUCCCUGCUGGGACUCCAGCCUCAGACAGACACCGGUGAAGGCGCGCAGCCAGCUCUAGUCAACGGGGACAGUAUGAACAACAGACGAGCCAUUGAUCAAGGAAAAGCCAGAGGUUCAGGAAAGAUGCCUGCAUCACUAGUCGAGGGUGCUCUCAUGGACAGUGAGGCGUCCGUUCUCGCUACUUUUGAUUUCCUAGCCAAUGAAAACGUUGUCGAUGAUGAUGACGAAAAUUUAAGUGAUGAAAAUGAGGAAGGUAUCUCGGCCGAUGAUGAAGCAGACGAAAGAAUAGAAAAGAGCAGAGGAAAAAUAAAGACUGCAGGGAUAGAAGGUAUGGCGGGGGUUGAUGAUGAGACAGAGGAAGUACUGGCAGAGUUUGACUUCCUGGUAUCUGAGGCCGGCGAGGGUGCGGGUGAGGCUCAGAGCCAUGGUGACGGUCCUGAAUGGGAAGACGCUGAUGAUGAUGAUGAUGACAAUUUUAAUGAUGUAGAUGAUGAGGACGAAGUUAAGAAAGAUCUUGGUUCUCCGAAUGAAGAGUGGGGCGUCGACCAGCAGCUUAUAUCAAAACUUAAAGAAGAGUACAAAAAAGAACGGAAAGGAAAGAAAGCAAGGCCGAAACGUUCAACGUUACAAGCAAUGUUAGCCAAUCUUAGUGAAGCGGAUGAUUUAUCGUCGUCCCAGACUGGCGCAGCCAGCUCAAACCAGAAUAGCAUGUCUGAAGUAGAUGACCUCGCUGGUGUACAGAGCGGCGGUAACUUACAGAGUGGCAACAGGAAGCCUGUGAUAGGAGUGAACAGUAAUGAAGAAGAUCUGGACGCGGCAAUUGGGGUCGGUCUAGGCGAGCUGGCUGAGAUCACAGUCAACAAUGACGCAGAUCCUAGCAACUAUGAUAUAUCAGCCCCAACAGAAGUAUUCAGAAAGACUUGGAAUGCUAAGUAUACAUUACGAAGUCACUUUGAUGGUGUUCGAACAUUAGCGUUUCAUCCAAUAGAACCUGUGUUAAUAACUGGAUCUGAAGAUCACACGUUAAAACUAUGGAACUUACAGAAAACAGUACCGGCAAAGAAGGCAGCCUCAUUAGAUGUAGAGCCAGUGUAUACCUUUCGUGCACACGUGGGUCCUGUGCUGUGUUUGGCAGUGAGUGCCUCGGGAGAGCAGUGUUACAGUGGUGGAUUAGACUCCACUAUAAGAUGUUGGAAUAUACCUAGUUCAAAUAUAGACCCUUAUGAUUCUUUCGAUUCUAAUGUUUUACAAGACACAAUGGUUGCCCACACAGAUGCGGUGUGGGGUCUGUCAAUACACAACACAAAAACACAGCUGUUAUCGUGUUCGGCUGAUGGAACAGUACGAUUGUGGAGCCCAGGAACAAAAUCACCACUACUCAACACCUUCACUGUUGACAGUGAAGAUGGUGUGCCAACAUCGGUGGACUUUGUGCGUUGUGAUCCUGGCCAGAUGGUGGCCUCCUAUACCUCAGAUAACACGUAUCUCUUUGAUCUAGAAACCAAUAAACAAGUUCUCACACUAGAAACUAAACAAAAUAAUGAUACUGGAACAAACAAUCAAAUAAACUGUGUGGUUAAUCAUCCAACACUACCCAUUACAAUUACUGCACAUGAAGAUCGUCAUAUAAGAUUUUUUGAUAUAAACACAGGAAAAAUGAUACAUUCAAUGGUAGCUCAUUUAGAUGCUGUAACAUGUUUAGCAGUGGAUCCCAAUGGACUUUAUCUGUUGUCAGGGAGUCAUGAUUGUUCAAUAAGACUGUGGAAUCUAGACAGUAAAACUUGUGUACAAGAAAUAACUGCACAUAGAAAAAAGUUUGACGAAUCAAUACAUGCAGUUGUGUUUCAUCCUUCGAAACCUUACAUAGCAAGCGCGGGAGCGGACGCUUUAGCGAAAGUGUUUGUAUGAUAGGAGAUACAUGUAUAUAUUCUAGGAUCUUCAAAUUAUUUAGUGUACAUAGUCACCAGAAAAAAAGACCACUAGACAUAUUCGACGGCAUGUUACGAAUGACGAAAAAAUGUCAUGGUUAUGCAAGAAUUUUAGACUACACGUUUAAAUGGUAGUACUGAUGGUAAAAGGUAUCGGUACACACAGGUGUAGUGUUUUAUAAAUAAGAAUAUUGCCUGGAGCUUGGCUAUGAAGAAGAAAGGAUUUGAUUGAGGAAAAUAGUUUGGUGAAUGCAAAACAGAUUUUGGCUAUCUACCUCAGCCAAGUCGGUGAGAAAUUAGAAAAAAAUGCAAAUAGAGCAGAAGUCCGAAUAAAAUGAAGUCUUAUAAAAGACAUAAGAAAGGCAACUUGCAAAUGUGCAUAAACGUACACACACGGAUUUAUAUACCAUUAGGUAAAAAUAUAAAGUAUACAUGCGUACAUCCUAUUUUUUUUCGGAGCAAUUACCAAAAGCAAAAGAUAUUUCUAAUGCCACCAUCCGAAAGAUGACAUUCAAAAUCAUAGAUUUAAAACAUUUUGUUGAUAGAUAUUUAAUGAGUUGAUAGGUAAAAAUCAUUCUGGGAAAUAUUGACAAGUUCUAUACUAUAAACGUAUAAAGCUUAUAGAAAUCAGUCACUUGUUCAUUUUGUAAUUACGGAUCAUUCAUUUAUCAGUACUUACACUAUCAAAGAAAUCAUGUGUUGAAAUUGGGAAACAUUAUUUUUAUUACCAUAGAUGUUUAAAAGAUUUUGGAUUUAACGCAUGUUGCAGUAAGACAAUAUAUAAAGCUUUGCUGCAGAAGUACUUACUAUUAAUAGCUCUGGGUAUGUUGAAGGAAUUAAUUUUUUUGUGUGUUUGUAAAUUUGACACGAGUGUCUGAAACUUUGUUAUAAGAUGGUAUAAAUUGUCAUACUUUUUAAGCGUGUAGAGAUUACUGGAUGCAGAAAAGUUAAAACAAUUACUUACAAUAUACACCUGAAUAAGUGUCUUCGGGGGCUACAAAAAUUCCAAAGGUGCGUUGAACUUUUUUUUGAGAAAAAUAUACAAAUGAAUUUCAAUAUUUUUUGGUUAAUACUGUUUCCAGAUCUACUUUUAUUUAAAUACCUAUUAUUGUUGCUUGGAUUUAGGGUAAACUCUGGAGCUAAUUUUGGUCUUUUCUGUGUUUAAUACAAAUAUCAAGACUAGUCAGAAUUUUUUUUUUUUGGAUAAUCUAGUUUGUUGGGUGGGGGGUUAAUUUGUGAGGGGAGUCCUUAUUUGGAGGUAUAAGGUAAGAUAAGCAGUGAUUUUAACACGGAUAAGCCAGUAUCAGAUUUUGUAAUUGUGAUGUGCUAUUUAUUUAUAAAUAUUAAACUCGUCAUAUAGCCUUAUGAUGUACUGGUAUCUACAGAUGUAUAUUUUAUAUAUACGUAUAUAUUUACGGUAAACAGGCAUACUUCAGUAGCAAUUAUUACUGAUGUAUCAGUAUAGUCUUGUGCUUUUCUUUGAAUUAUAUUUGGCUUCAUUAAUGAAUAUUUGCACUACAUAUAUUAAGAACAACUUAACCCAGGACAGCUGAACAUGGUACAAUGUCUACUUAAUAUGAAUAAUCUCUGUAUACACAGCACUGCAUGACUCAUAUUGGCUCGCAGUUUCUCUGAGCAGUUUAUUGUGCAAGCCACUUAAUGUUAUUCCUUUCAGUAAGAAAUUAGUGUACUUCUUUAAAAAGUCUGCUGAACACGUUUGAGCCGCCUUAGUGAUGUUAAAACAAAUGGCUUAAGUGGUUAAAUUACAUAGUGAGCCAUGUAGAACUGAAGAAAACAUGCUAUACAAAUAGACUAAGUUUUGUUAUGCUUUGUUUCAGUGUUUUAAUGAAUUGUAAAGAUAAUAUGACACAUGUUUGAUUGACCUUUAGCCUGCUGGCAGCAAAUGAUACUGCCUUUGCAACCAGCGCAGACCAAGAUUAGCCUGCACAUCUUUGCAGGCUGAUCAUGGUCUGCACUGUUGGCUCUUCAGUCAGUUAAUUUACAGUGAAAUUCUAAUAAUAAAUGGUACUGCCUAAAUUGAAUGAUAAACCAGUUCAUUUUUAGCAGGGUUAAGCUCAAACUUUAUUUAUCUCAAAAAUGAGUACAAUCCAAUACAUAGAAGGUGAUGUAAUUAAGAGUGUGCAAACUUUUAAGACAUGAAAACACUGUUGUGUGUAAAUGUGCUAGUUUAUAUUAUGAAUGUUUUAUAUUAAUGCUAAAUGUGCUGUUAUGUUAUUAGGUAUUAUGUUUGAUGCAAUACAGACUAUACCAAAUAUUGUAUUUAUACACAAUGUACAUGUAUAUUUAGUGGAAAAAAAGCCCUCAAGUUGCCAAAUGAGAAAACAUUUCAAUUUUGUUUUGUAUCAGUUGUAUUCACACAUAGUCAAAACAAUAUAUAGCAUUUCAGUAAUUGCUGAAAAUUUGGAAAUAUUUGUGGUUACGUUAAAGCCAGAAAUCUUGUUUUCACAGAAUAUGGUCCUGUUAUAUUCUUUUUGAUGAAGGGUAUCUAUGUAACAGUGUAAUUAGAGUCACCAACAUGAAAUUACAUUUACAACAUUACCUUUUAUUUAAGCCUCUCUUUGGUCAAAUUCUUAAAUUUGAGGAAUAGGUCCAGCUGUCUUGGAGAAGGUUUAAAAUAAGGAACUGGCAGGUAUCUCAAUAUGAUGUGAUAUUUAUAAUACCAUGAUACCUAAAAGCAUAAAUAGUAAGGAUUUAAUUAAAUGACCUGAGCCUUCUAACAGGUAUUUGCAUGAGUUGGUGAUUUAGUUUUUGCUUUGGCUCUAGUAAUUUAAAAAAAAAAAGAAAACCAAGGUUAUGAAUAGAUUUUAUCACAAGCAAUACCUUUGAUUAAUGUUGUGAAAUUAUAUUUUAUGUAUCGAAUCUAGAGCAAGAAAAUCUUUCCAAAUUUUCGGCAGUUUUAUAGAUUUAAAGUGUAGAGUUAUAUUUAGUAACAACAACAGUUAAGUGUUCUGUUUUCAGUGUUCAUGGUCAGAGUUUUCUGCAUGUAUAUGAUGGGUUGGCUUUAUUUGCAAACUAUUUACAGUGCAAAUGUCUUUGUUUGAUAAACCAAAUACACAUAUAUUCACAAUAAUUUACAUUUAUGACUUAUUAGGCAUUGUGUAACUCUGGUGCACGCAGUUGAGUUCGGUAUGGUUUACAUGCAUCACAAGACAUCUAUUAGGAGAUGCAUGGACAGUGGAGGGAAAUAUGAUUAAAUGGCUUUUCCAAAACAUAUUUAACAUAAACGCUUGUUGUCCACCUUAUGAAAAUAUUGUGUUUACAUUGAUACAUUUUAAAAACAAGCUUAAUGCAGAAAGAUAAGAAGUGGCAUGUUUUAUUUCAUUAAUUCAUUAUCUCAAGUACUUACAUCAUAAUAUAAUUAGAGUUUUUUUCAAAUACUCAAAAGUGCUAUUAUGUUCAUAAAAGAAUAUAUUUAAUAUAUUCAAAACAUAUUUUUAAGUGUAUAUAGAUAGAAAGUCACGUCUAAUAAAUAUAUAUGACAGACUUUUGGUUUAAGUAAAUGCUGAUUAAUUCUGGUAAUUCAUGCUUAUUAGCCCUCAAAGUUAAAAUAAUUGUACUGAUUUGACAUUUAACACAACAAAAGAAGAAAAAAUAACAAUGCAGGAUCAUUGUCCUUUCACUGACUAGUUAUUACAUAACUGAAAGGCUGACAUUCAACCUAUAUGAAGCAGAUAAACACUUUAAUUAAUCAAAGAAACAAAUUGAUGGUACUUACCAAAUAAUUCUUACAUUAAGUAGCCUGGCACAGAUCAGAAUGGUCAGACUUGUAAUCAUGUUACUAUCUUUACAGUUAACUUGAUAACACUUAGUAUCAGUGUUAUAAAAUAAAAUGAUCUGGUACCUGGAUCUGUUUUAUGUACUUACCUGUGUUUAGUUGUCCUUUAUUUAUUUAAGAUUUUGUUAGUUUUCAAUGAAAUUUGUUGUUUUUAGUAACCUCUUGUAUUAAAGUUAAUCCCGAGUAAUAUUGCAAUUUCUGGUCAUAGGAGGAAUGAAAGAGAGGCGUUUCCUUGUAUACCUAGUUUCCUUGUGUUGUUCCAUCUUCCACCAAACGAAAAUUCUUACAUUUGUCAUCUCUUUUAACUUGCACUCUUUUUACACCCUUGGCCUAAUUUCAAAGCUUCUCUCUAGAUUACAUGUAACUGAUGAAACAUCUGUUCCCCAUAAGAAAUUCUGUCAGUUAGAAUGUCAUUUAUUGUCAAAAUUUAAUUGUGUCAAUUAGAUUUUCUUUUAUUCUCUAAUUUAUUUUAUUUGUAACUAUUGCGAUUGAAAACAUCAAAUUACAAUCACCAAUACUUUUAAGACUAUGAAAAAAGAUCUAGUUAUUUCUAAAUUUAUUCUGACAAACUAAUUAUAGGUAUUAUUACAUGUACACAAGAUAUUAUUACAUGUACAUGAGAGAAUCUGAAAAGAAAAAAAAACCAUUGAAUUUCAAUUUCUCUGUUUUAAUAUAGCUUUUGAAUUUAAAAGUGUUUAUAGCUCAUUACUUUAUACACUUGAUGGCACAAACAUUGGCAGCCUGGUUCUUUGAUACUCAUUAUUUUACUAAAUGUUGUAUGUUCAAUAUUCACCUAUACCGUGAGUGUAUUUUUGCAGAAUGAUUGCGGAUCUUUUAAACCCAAGCUGUAGCCGACUCAUCUAAUACUUGCUGUAUGAUAGGGGAUCUGUUUUUGGCCUGCUGUGGCUGGUUUUAAUGAUUACAAGCAUAUGAAGUAAAAAUGCCUCUUAAUUAUUAUUUAAGACUCUCCCAACCCCUUAUAGUUCAACUAAAUACAAAGUUGCACCAAGUUAUUCUAGGGGACCUGAUUCUUCAUAAACAAUAAUUAAUUUUAGACGCAUUUGCUCCCCUGGAACAAAAAUUUGAUACUUGCACAAUCAGACUACAAUGAUUUUCAGAAAGCUUUGUUCUGUCUUCAGAUAAUGUUGAAUUUCUUCCAUAUUUCUGGCAAUUUUAGAGUAACGUCUGUAUAACAAGUUUUAUGUUGAACUUGCGUGAACUAUAUUUAGACAUAUUUGCUAAACAGAAACUUCUUUCUCUCAAACAAUACUUGCUUUGCUUAAGUCUCUAGCUGUUGGCUUGAAAUUUUAUGAUUUUUCACUGAAACUUCAAUGCAACUCUUCUUCAGUUCAAUGUAGAUUAUCUCCCCUGUUCAGACUUAAAUGUAGAUUUGUCUCCCCAGUUCAUUGUUGCAUCUCUCACAUGUAUUGUUUCAUUUUAGAUCCCAUCUUCUAUGCUAUAUCUGUCAUGUAAUUAUUCUGUCAUAGUUGUUAAGCAUGUUUGAAUACACCUUUUUGUAAACAAAAGUACAUUUUAAUAAAUGAAAAUAAAGUAAUGUAUUACAUAUAA